CACCCACCAUGCCCGACAAUGGAUACAUUAUACCAAGGCAAACACUCUAUCGAUAUGACCAACAAAUUACCUUCGUCUGUAAUACUGGAUAUGAACUAGUGGGCAGCCGUUACAGUCGGUGUGGAGAUGAAGGCACCUUCACUCCUCCCCCACCUACCUGCAGGAAAGUGCAAUGUGAACGACCCAGAAAUUUGAACAAUGCAAUCAUUUAUCCAGAUCAACACAUCUAUUAUUAUGAAGAUCAUGUUACCUUCAGCUGUCUUCCUGGAUAUAUACUGAUGGGGAGCAUUGAGAGUGUGUGUGUAGGAAGAGACACCUUUGACCCUCCCCCACCUACCUGCAAGAAAGUGCAAUGUGAACGACCCAGAAAUUUGAACAAUGCAAUCAUUUAUCCAGAUCAACACAUCUAUUAUUAUGAAGAUCAUGUUACCUUCAGCUGUCUUCCUGGAUAUAUACUGAUGGGGAGCAUUGAGAGUGUGUGUGUAGGAAGAGACACCUUUGACCCUCCCCCACCUACCUGCAAGAAAGACAAUUCUGAAUGGACCAUUUCAAAAACAGCCCGUGGUAAGAUAAACACCAUCAUUCAGUGGAGCCACGAGAUAAUUAAUGAGAAAAAAGAUAUUAUCCAAAUGGAGAAUCGACUUCUUCAGAAGGAAGAAAGUAUCCUUUUAAAGUACCAAGCUAUUGUCCAAAAUCUUGAAAUAUUUCUUAACAGAACAAGCAUCCCCAAAGCAGCCUAGAGUUCUGCUCAGUUGUUAAUGCAAAUGUGUUUUACUGACAACUCCACAAGUUGAUUCUAUUGACAUAACUGUGGGCAUAAAUUUUUUUCUUCUGAAAUAAA